UGGAGGAUCGAAGCCUGGCGGAAGCGGGGCAGGUUGGGAGGUUACCUGGACCAUGGCGGCUGUGCCGCCGCUGCGGGACCGCUUGAGCUUCCUACAUAGGCUCCCCAUUCUCUUGAAGGGGACCUCAGACGAUGACAUCCCUUGUCCAGGCUACCUGUUUGAAGAGAUUGCCAAGAUCUCCCACGAGUCCCUGGGCAGCAGCCAGUGCCUGCUGGAGUACCUCCUGAACCGUCUGGACAGUAGCUCUGGCCACGUGAAACUCAAGGUGCUGAAGAUCUUGCUUUACCUGUGUGGUCACGGCUCGUCCUCCUUCCUGCUCAUCCUCAGGAGAAACUCUGCUCUCAUCCAGGAAGCCACAGCUUUCGCGGGGCCUCCGGAUCCUCUUCAUGGAAAUAGCCUGUACCAGAAGGUGCGGGCGGCUGCCCAGGACCUGGGUAGCACCCUGUUCUCAGACGCCAUGCCACAGCCUCCCUCCCAGCCACCCCAGAUCCUGCCUCCUGCAGGCAUGGGUGCCCAGGCCCGACCUCAUAGUGCCCUGCAGGGCUUCGGCUACACUAAGGAGAGCGGCCGCACAGGCUCUGCAGGUGAGACCUUCCUCUCCACCAUCCAGAGGGCCGCAGAGGUGGUGGCUAACGCUGUGCGUCCUGGGCCUGAUAAUCCUUGUGCCAAGGGACCCUUGCCAUAUGGUGAUACCUACCAGCCUGCAGUGACACCUUCAGCUAGCCACACACAUGCCCACCCUGGGAAUCUACUCCCUGGGGCCGUCCUGGGAACGAGAGCUGUGAGACACCAGCCGGGACAGGCUGGAGGAGGCUGGGAUGAGCUGGACAGCAGUCCUAGUUCCCAGAAUUCCUCCUGCACCAGCAACCUGAGCAGGGCCUCAGACUCAGGCAGUCGGUCUGGCAGUGACAGCCACUCUGGUGCCAGCAGGGAGCCAGGCGACCUGGCAGAGAGGGCUGAGGCCAUGCCCCCAAAUGACUGCCAGCAAGAACUGAAUCUUGUGAGGACUGUGACACAGGGGCCACGUGUCUUCCUGAGCCGUGAGGAGACACAGCACUUCAUCAAAGAGUGCGGCCUGCUCAACUGUGAGGCUGUGCUGGAGCUGCUCCUCCACCAGCUGGUCGGGACCAGCGAAUGUGAGCAGAUGAGGGCGCUGUGUGCCAUCGCGUCCUUUGGGAGUGCUGACCUCUUGCCUCAGGAGCACGUCCUCCUCUUGUGCCGGCAGCAGCUGCAGGAACUUGGUGCGGGCAGCCCUGGACCUGUGACUAACAAAGCCACCAAGAUCCUGAGACACUUUGAAGCCUCCUGUGGACAGCAGCUCCCUACCCUGAGGCCCUGUGCCCAGCCCAACUCUACAGCUGCCCUUGUGGGUCCAGCGGACCUGCUGACCAGCCCGGUGCCUCCCCCCGGGAGCCAGGUCUUCCUCCAGCCUCUUAGCUCCACCACAGCUGUGCCCAGGAGUCCUGUGCCCACUCCAUCCCCAGAUCCCCUACCUCCUCCUGCUCUGGAGGAUGCCACUGAGGUCAGAACCCAGUUGGUAUGUUCCAGUGAACAAGGGACAGGAUCUGAGCAGAGGCUGGAGAACACAGACACCCCAGAGGGUAGCUCCACUUCCAGCCUGUGGAGCCCCAGCUCUCUGUUUGCUGGCAUGGAGCUGGUGGCUUGCCCCCGCCUGCCCUGCCCCCGCACCCAGGAGCUCCAGGCAGAUUUACAGAAGGUGACCACAGACACUCCGAUUUCAGAGCCAUCAGCUUUUGCAUUUUUAAACAUGUGACUUUCUGGGCCCAGCUGUACAGAGUCCCUUGUGGUCUUCAUAUGGAGGCCUUGGGACCUAUGGCUUCUUGUCCUUAGGUUCAAAGGAGCGGUCCUUUGGUGUCUUCUGGCUGGCCUUUUGCCCCCUCUGGCCCCUUCCUUUCACCUAGGAAACUGGUACAGCGGUCUUUGAUCCGAGUGAGCCCUGGAUGGGCCUCCCAGUGCUCAGAAUAGUCACUGAAGAAGGCAUAUGGGCCUGUAGUGCUGACCAGCCAACCUGGAGGUGUGGAAAUAUGGUCAACUGGUGCCUCAGAUGUUUGCAGACCCAUUGCUGCUUGGGAAUUGACUCUGACCAUGACCCUGAGAUUGGCUUCCCUCUUCUUCCUGGCACAUAGACCUUCUUAGUGGUCUGUCCAUAACUGGAGUCUGCCUCAGAGGUCUCCUGCUUCGUGCAGUACAUCUGCAGGGCAGGACUUCCCCAGGGCUGUUAACCACAGCCCCUCCACCCCAUGCUGUCCUGUCUCUAGGAGGCUGAACACUGAACUCUCACACCCAACUCCCAGGCUACCUCAGUCCCAGUCAGACCUGUCCCAUUGCUAGGUGCUGGCAAUGAUUGUAUGGACUUGAAUUCCUAUAGUGACAGCCAGCGGGCAGCAAGGCUGCAGGGCUGACCCUGCAGAUUACCUUGUCAGCCUGACCCUCAGAAAUGAGCGCUUAGUGAGGGUUGGAAACACCGACUUGGUUCACAGUUACAUUCUGAUCUCUGGUCCUUCCUUAGGGAGGUCAAAGGUCAAAGUAGCUGGGCGCCACAGCCUUGAGGAUAGGGCUCUGGGCAGGUGCCUGUGGCCCAGAAGGUCUGGUUCUCAGAGCUUCCUCGGCCAUGUGCCCUGUGACCAUUUCCAGUGUCGGUCCCUAUAGGACUCCAGCUUGCCACAGAUUCUGCAGAACACGGGAGGGUCAUCCCGUCUCAGAGGAGCCUGUGGGGCUGCGAAAUGCACUUUCUCAAUAAACACGGAUGUUUACACUG